CCUCCCCAUAGACUACAGUGUCGAGACCUAUUGAUAACACCAUACACACAGACGGCAGUGCCGAGACUGUCGACGAUAUCCUACCCACAGACCGCACUGCCAAGACCUGUCGACGACAUCAUACCCUUAUUUUAUUUAGUUCAAAUCUUCCUGCUCUCUCUCUUCUUCUCUCUCCAUCAUCCUCCCACUUCUUCCUUGGAUGAUACCCUCCUCAACUCCCUCACCAUUCCUUAUUCGAUAUUUCGAUCGAAGUAACAACCAAACAAACUCGAACUCAAGAUGUCCUCGCCCUCGGUGACCUGGUCCGAGGAAGCUGUCGUUGGCGUCGACAGCAGCCCUGUCGCCUCUGGCCGUUCCCGCUCGGCCAGCGAGCCCUCGUCCGUUACCGGCUCCGAUGAGCUGAUUUUUUCCGCCGCCUCCUCUCCCGCCAUGGAGUCGCUCGCUGCCUGCCUUCCGUCCGCCGCCUUGAAGGAGGAUGACGAGGUCCUUGAGACCUCCACCAGGUCUGCUGCCGCCGAGGCCACUGCGUCGACCUCUCCCACCGAUCGCCGCUCAGUCUCCUGGGCUGUCGAGGUCGCUGGCGACUCUGUUGGAUCCCUCUCUGCCUCUCGCUCUGUUUCUUGGGCCAUGUCUGUCAGCGAUUCUGGCAACAGCGCUGAGAUUGACCCCCAGGACGUCUACCCGUCCACCGCGUGUGUCUUCGUCGCCAAUCUGGCUGAGCCCCGCGACGAUGUCGCUCUUGAGGCCGCUGUUACGCGCGCCUUCAGUCGCUUUGGCACUGUGUUUGUCAAGAUCCGCCGUGAUCACAACAACUUGCCGUUUGCUUUCGUCCAAUACACGACGGAGGAGGAGGCCAAGGAUGCGAUCGAGAGAGGUCGCGGCGUCCCCAUUUUUGGCCGCCCCUGCCGCACUGAAAUGGUCAAGUCCAACCGAUCUUUCAUCAUUUACAAGCGCGACUGCAGCGAGAUUCUGAUUGAUGAGGCUCGCAAGAUCAUGGAGACUUUCGGAACGGUCAGCAGCAUUGAGGUUGUUGAUGACGACACUUGCGAGCGCAUGGAUUUGCCCUCUUCCGUUUUGGUUGAGUACUCCAGCUUCAACUCGAAGAAAACAUUCAGCAUGGUAGGCCUGUUCUUUGACUGUCCAUCCGGGCUUUUACUUUACUUACUGACGACGACUCACAAGGCCGUUGCCCUGUUCCCUGACUACUACAUCGACAUGUUCGAUGUCCGCAAGCGUGCUGCCAAGAGCAACAUUGAUCGUGACACAGAAUUUCUCCGUCAGUACGAUCUCGAUCGCCGCUCCAUCUACGUUGGCGGCCUUCCUCUUGACGCCACCGAGGAGGAGAUGUUUGAGAUCUUUUCCGAUGUUGGCGAGGUCAUCAAGGUGAACAUGGUGCAGCGCCAUAACCAAGAAGGUGCUCUUGCUCGCCAGUUUUGCUUUGUCGAGUUCGACAAGAUGGAGACGCCGACUUAUGCCAUCAACAACCGUGAUGGCAUGGUCCUCCGUGGCCAGCAUUUGACUGUUCAGCGCAAGCAGUCAAAGGUAGCCAAGACCCGUCUUGCGACCCGCUACAUCGGCAAGAAUGAGCUAACUGAGGUCAACAAGACUCAGCCUCACCACGAUGACCAAGGCUACCAGGGCCACCAGAUGCCCAUCCACCACCACGAGCCCCAGCAUUACCAGCGCUACGCGGGCCCCGCCAUGCCCCCAAUGCCGUACAUCCCCGGCGAUGGCGCUGCGGUUGGCAUGAGCGGCAUGCCUGUCCACCCGGCGACUGUGUCGCCCAGCUUUGCCCAGAGCUUCCCGGUCCACCCCCCGGGACACACCCCUCCUGGCAUGAUGAGCGCUUGGCCGGUCAUCACCAACAACACCCCGACCCGCCAUCACCAGGCGUACAACCCCAACCCGGCCUUCGCGCCGACCCAGCGGCGGGCUCCCGACCGGAGCUGUGCCCAGCCUCGCCGAAACCACACUCGGUACUUUUACCAGCCGGCGGACGCCGACAUCGUGGAGGAGUAA